AAAAAAUAAAAUAUACAUUACAUACCCAAAUAUAAAAUAAAAUAGACAAAAUGUCAUGACACAUGAAUGCAAAAUAUUUCAACAAGAAAUAACUAUGUUAUAAUUAUGUCAACUUGAAAAUAUGUAUGUACGCUGCUCUCAAAAUACAAUGUACAUAAUGUACGUGUAAUCCAUAAUCAAGGUGUUUAGCUCAUCUAAAAGCGCUUAAUAUUUUAAGCGAAAACAUUACCCAUGGCAGAAAGUAAGAGCAAAAUAUCAAAAAUUCUAAGAAAACAAAAAAGAUGUCAAGCAAUAAUUUCAAAGGAAACAGGUUUGCAAAGCUCAGAAAACCCAACAAAAAUCAUUGCAAUUUGUAACGCCGGUCUCUCGACUGGAUUGGAAGAGGAAGUUUUGUUAAAAGAGGCAGCUUGCUAUGGAAGUAUUCAUUGCUUGAAAAUGCUUCCUUUGAAAUCAUAUUGUUUUUUAAAAUGUGCUGAUUUAAAAAGUUCACAAAAUAUUUUUAACAAUAUGCAUGCCCGAUCUAACCUUGGACAAUCAGGCGCUUUACUGUAUUUGUCUUAUUUUGAUAACCUACCUGAAACAGAAAAUUAUUUCAAAGAUACCCCACCGCCAGGAUUAGUUAUACUGAAAGAUUUUAUCAGUGACGAUGAAGAAAUUAAAAUCCUGUCCCUUCUUGAAAAGACCAAGGAAAAUGAAAAUUGCAUGAAACAUCGCAUUGUAACGCACUAUGGCUAUGAAUUUUUAUAUGACUCAAAUCAAGUGGAUCCUACUCAACCACUAAGUAGAAAAAUUCCACAAGAAUUAGACUUUUUGUGGGAGAGACUUGAAAGUAAAUUUAAAGGUUUGAAUUGGUAUAAACCAGAUCAAUUGACUGUUAAUGUUUAUAAAGUCGGCCAAGGCAUACCACCUCAUGUUGACACACAUAGUGCUUUUUUGGAUCCUAUAUUUUCGUUAUCCCUGGAAGAUGAUGUUGUCAUGAAUUUUCGAAAGUUGGAUGAACAUCGUUCAAUUGUACUGCCCAAAAAAUCAUUAUUAAUUAUGUCAGGAGAGUCUAGAUAUGAAUGGACACACGGAAUCAAGUCUAGAGUAAUGGACAUUGUUACUUCUGAUAAUGGUGCACUAAAAGUAAGACCGAGGAAGCAGAGAACUUCUUUAACAUUUAGAAAGCUACGUUGCACAACAUGUGAUUGUGCCUUUGAAACUUUUUGUGACAGUAAAAUUAAAGAUAAAGAAACAAAAAAUAUAUUCAGCUCCAAGGCUUCCCAAAUUGAAAAUGCAAAUGUUCACAAAGUCUACGAUAAAAUCGCAUUACACUUUAAUGAAACUCGCCAUACCCCAUGGCCAAAAGUAGCAACUUUUAUAGAAAGCUUUAAAAGUGGAGCAAUAUUGCUAGAUGUUGGAUGUGGAAAUGGUAAAUAUUUAGAUAUAAUCAAUAAAAUUGUUACAGUAGGUUGCGACCGAAGUGAAGAGUUAUUAAAGGUAUGCGCUACAAAAAAGUGCAACAUUUUCAAAUGUGAUUGUUUAUCGAUUCCGUUUCGAAAUGGGUCGGUGGAUGGAUGCUUAAGUAUAGCUGUUAUACAUCACUUAGCGACGGAGGAAAGACGUUUUCAAGCUUUGAAAGAAAUUGCAAGAGUACUUACUCCAGGGGGAAAAGCAUUAAUCUAUGUCUGGGCAAAAAACCAGUGUGCAGAUUCUAAAAAAUCGAGCUAUUUACGCCAAAAAACGGGCGGUAAUGAUUUAUGUGAAAAGACUACGAAGCAAAUUGAAGAUGCAAACGCAUUCAGUUUACCAAUUCACACAAAUAGGACUGAAUUUAAAGCGCAAGAUAUUUUAGUUCCAUGGAAACUUAAAAAUUCUGAAGAAGAAGCAAAACAGGUUUUUUUGAGAUACUAUCAUGUUUUUGAAGAAAGUGAAUUAGAAAAUUUGUGCAGGCGCCUAAAUAAUAUUGAAAUUAUGAAAAGUUAUUAUGAUCAAGGUAACUGGUGCGUAAUAAUUGAAAAAAUCAAAUAAUCUUAUAAGGACCACAUACAUUUUUUUUAAUAAAAGCUUUGAUCUUAAUUUA